AUGCCCUCCCGGCAAGAAGUCUCCUACUUUGGAGCUGGUCCAGCUCCCCUCCCGACUCCCGUCGUCGAGGCCGCCGGCCAGGCCUCCGUCAACUUCAACGACUCCGGUCUCGGACUCGGCGAGAUCUCGCACCGCUCCCCCACCGCGAACAAGAUUCUCGAUGACGCCAAGGCAAACCUGUCCGCCCUCCUCGAUAUCCCAGAUAACUAUGAGAUCCUGUUCAUGCAGGCCGGUGGUAGCGGUGAGUUUAGCGCCGUCGUCCAGAACCUUGUCCCCGUCUGGAUUGAGCGCCGUCGCCGUCGCGCUGAGGCCGAUGUGGUCAAGGCCAACCCGGAUGCCGAGAAGGCUCAGGUCGAUGAAUUGGUCUUCCAGAGACUGCAGAAGGAAGUCGAUGAGGAGCUGAAGCUUGAUUACCUCGUGACGGGAUCCUGGUCGCUCAAGGCUUCGCAGGAGGCUGCUCGAUUGGUCGGCUCUAAAUAUGUCAAUGUUGCUUUGGAUGCUCGCAAGGCCAAUGGUGGCAAGUUUGGCACUAUUCCUGCUGAGGAUACUUGGUCGUUGACCCCGACCAAGCGUGAGGGUGGCAAGGGCUCUGCGUUUGUCUACUUCUGCGACAAUGAGACUGUCGAUGGUGUCGAAUUCCAGAACUUCCCCAAGGUUCUUGAGGCUCAGGGCCAGGAUGCCGAGGAUGAGCGCCUUGUUGUGGCCGAUAUGAGCUCCAACUUCAUCAGCCGUAAGGUUGAUGUCAGCAAAUAUGCUGUUAUCUUCGGCGGCGCCCAGAAGAACAUCGGUGUCACCGGUAUUACUAUCGCCAUUGUCCGCAAGGACCUCCUCCCUCCUCAGACUGCCACUCCUCCCGCUGCUCUGCUGCACCGGUUGAACAUUGGUGGUCUGCCCGGCCCCGUCGUGCUCGACUAUGCCACCAUCGCCAAGAACAACUCUCUCUACAACACUCUCCCCAUCUUCAACCUCUGGGUUGCCGGCAAGGUCAUGGCCGACCUGAUGGGCGUCUUCGGUGCUCAAAAGGUCAGCGGUCAGGAGCAAAUCGCCGACCAAAAGGCCGGCCUCAUCUACGGUGCUCUGGACAAGUACCCCCAAGUGUACCGGGUUGUUCCCGAUAAGAGCGUUCGCAGCCGCAUGAACAUUUGCUUCCGUGUCUGUGGUGGUGACGAUGCCAAGGAGAAGGAGUUCAUUGCCGGUGCUGAGAAGCGCCUUCUUCAGGGUCUCAAGGGCCACCGCAGCGUCGGUGGUAUGCGUGCUAGCAACUACAACGCCGUCCCUCUGGAGAACGUCCAGAAGCUGGUGCAGUAUCUCGAGGACUUUGCUUCGACCCAGUAA